AAAACUUGAACAAGAAAAUCUGAUUCACAUACACUCCUGGAGUACUAUAAAUGCUGAAGCAGCCUACUAGUUAAAAGCGUAGAAGCAAGAACACGAAAAAAGUAUUUCUGCAAAAUCAUGAAAUCGAAAAAAGAGACGAUCUCUCUGGAAUCUUACCUCGAUUUUUUCAACUCACAGAAGCAAAUUAACCUCAACAUUCAUUUUCUCAAUCAGAUCAUCUGCAUGCACGGUUUCAAGAAAAUGACUAAACAACUCAAGAAAGCAGUAACAGAAGCAGUAGACUCUAUCGAUCUGGUGAGUCUCUCACGCUCUACUUUGGGAGAAAAUUCAUCAUCAUCAACAUCAAAAUCCUCGUCAUGCGAUGCGUUUAUAAGCGUUGAAGAAGUAAUCGCAGAUUUGAAUGCUAUGAAUUGGCAAGAUUGCUGUAUUACCUCUGUCCAAACACUAAUUUUCUCUUCGGAAAACAAUAGUCGGAGCAGCAACGAUGAUUUGGUCGACGAUUCUGCAGUUGCGGCUUUAAAUUGUGGCAGUAAGAAGAGGAAGAGGACGGCGAAUAAAGUCGUAGCUGGUGGAUCUGUAUCAAAUUCAGCUCUUAUUUCGUUUGGAUCUUGUUGAGAUUUAAUCAGGUAAUCUGUGUUUUUUUGUCAUUGUAAAUUGGUGCUGGUGAUUCAGGAGGAUUGAUUGUCUAUUUUGGCGGGAAUUUUUUCAUUUUUUGAAUUCAGAUUAAGAAACAUUGCAGAGAUGGUAGUUCGUUUGAUUAGGUUACUAAAAGAUUAAUAUGGAAUUAGUAAUCAAAAAUAAAAAGUUACUUGAAUUUCUAAUUUUGAUAAAUGUAGUAUGUUGUUUAGAGUUUUAUUUAGCAGCAGCAGCAGAAAUAAUUGG